UUUGUAUACAUAACGGAUGUAAGAGAUAUUUUUGUGUACUUUCAUGUUUAAUACAAACUGUAUAGUGCAUUACAAUUGCAAAUGAUAAAUGCGCGCAGAGUGUUGACCGAGCCUGACCGUGGCUGGUCAUGGGUUGUUUUGUUUGCAAGUUUUAGCUCUUACUUUCUGAUUGGAGGAUUGGUUAAUUCCGUCGGCGUGAUUCAUUCUGUAUUGCUCGAGAGAUACGAAGAAAGUGUGUCGUUGACGGCAUGGGUAGGAUCUUUGCAUUCUGCUUUUCUCUUGCUUGGAGGUCCAGUAUCGAGUGCUGUUGUUGACAGGUUCAGCUGCAGGGUAGCAAUAAUGUUGUCAGGCGUCUUCUUUAUCAUCGGUUACCUAUCAACGGCAUUUGCAACAAACAUAAGAAUUGCUAUAUUUACAUGUGGAAUCAUUGGAGGUAUGGGAGCUGGACUUGGCUGCACAGCAAGCUUGGUUGUAAUAGGCUUCAAUUUUGAGAAAAGGCGGGAUUUCGCUCUGGGUAUUUGUAUGUCAGGUGUUGGCAUUGGUGUAUUUGUACUCGCUCCACUCAUGCAAGCUGCACGUGAACACUAUGGUUCCGAAGGUUUCUUCAUCAUUCUGGCAGCGAUGUCAGCUAAUAUUAUCACAUGCGGUAUGUUGUGUUUCCCCAGUCAGCUGGAGCGACUUACUAAAUCAGAGAGGCAUAAAGACAAAAUUUCAUCAGAAGACAAAUUUGGUAAAACGCCUUCUAUCUCGGUGUUACGCACAUAUUUUGCCGUGUUGGCUAAUCGCGGAGUCAUACUUAUGUGCAUAUCGUUCUUCAUAUAUGCUAUUGGAUCUUUUCUUGUAUAUCUUCAUUUGCCGCAUUAUAUAGAAUCAAAAGGUGAAAGCGGAGCUAAAACAGCAUUUCUUGUUGCUCUGAUCGGCAUUAUCUCGGCUGUAAGUCGGGUGUUAACGGGGAUUGUGGCAAACACACAUAAAAUUGAUGACGUUAUCAUAUACUCUGUUUCUAUAGCUUUAUUUGGUUCAGCAACUGUAGUGUACCCAUUUAUCGCGGAUAAUUAUACAGGACAUGUUGUCUAUGUUAGCUGUGUAGGACUUUUUUAUGGUUGUUGCUUCGUUGUUUCGUCUGGGGUGCACGUGAAGUUUGUCGGUAUCAACUACAUAUCGUCUGCUGUCGGUUUACAAUUCUUCUUCGGUGGUGGUGGUGCAAUCAUUGGUCCUGUUUUCGCAGGUGCACUUGUAGACAUUGGAGGAACAUAUGAACAGACAUUUAUUACAGCAGGUUGUUGUUUGCUAAUUUCGUCGUGUUUAGGUGCAGUGCUCCUGUUUGUUCGAAAACCUUUCGGCCGUGAAGAUGUGCCAAAGGCCAAAAGUGAUACGGAGCAAGAAACAUGUGAAACAAAGUUCAUUGAUAAUAAUGAACAAUAAGUUCCAUUACCCUAUAACUGCGGAAGGUCUAGUUAUUGAUUAGCCAAGGGUUUCAGGCGUCAGUGUGACAUUGACCUAAUGACCUCAUAACCCGUAGGAAUCAUCCACUGACCACUGGGCAAUGUUCCUACCGAGUUAAAUAAAUCUCGGGAUAUUUUAAGUCCGGUCCACUGUGACCUUGAUUAACGACAUCAAAAAUAAUGGGGUCGUCUGCUGGCAAUGGGCAAUCUCACUGGCAAGAUUAAAAAAAACUUAGACGUGUUAUUUUUUAAGUUAUUGAUAAGAAACGGAUUAUUAUACAAACUGGAAUUUUCCAAUGUUUAAACACGCUGUUUUACCUUAUAAACAAAAUAUGAUUUUUACCCAUGGAAAAAAUAAUGAAACAUUAAAAAAGUUAUUAAAGAAAAUGCUAACUUGAUCGGUCUUUUUUUUUGGAUUUCCUUCCCAUGCAGAUCACGCAAGUCACUUUGCAUAAACACCAUGACUGUUACCUUGACCGUAUUUACUUCAGAAGCAAAAAACCGUUUGUUUAGCAUGUCCGUACAUUUCACAGUAUAAUGGCAAUAAAUUUGUGAUUUUUUUUUUCAGAAUCAUUCUCCGUGUUAUUAUCAAUUAGAAAUGGAAAGUCCGAUAUACAUGUAAUGUUUAAGAAACUCCAUUUGCGAUUUCAUGAUAUUUUAAAAGACAAGUCAGACAAAUUAUGUUGGGUUCAAUGCCACGUAGGAAUACGAGAGAAUAAAACAGUAGCUGCUUUGGCUAAAUAAUCCUUGAAUUCCCAGUACAUGUAAUUAGAUUUAUCCUCAAGUUUAGCGUUAAUUAGGAGCUGAUUUUAGUCAGAUUGCGACUUACAUCUUCUUAAGAAAUUGAUCGAAUGAGGAGGACGGGCGUACAAGCGGACCACCCAAUCAAAUUAUGCUCUC